AACUCUUCACUUGGGUGAACCGGAAGUUGCAAGAGGUAAACAAGAAAUUUGGGUAUGUCUGUUCUUAAAUUAUGAGGUUUUCAUGGUUUCAGCUGACGAGAUGCCCCACAAGAAGAGGCUGAAGCCCUGGCUACGAAACCUCUUUCUUUCCACAACCUAGCAACCAGUUGUUUUGUUGUGCUGAAGGAACUCACCUAGCGACUGAUUUUCAAAUUAGACAAAGAACAGUUAUUAAGCAAAACAACGCAGUUUAUCUUUGAAGAAAACAAAAAGCAUGAAGAUAACAAAUAAUAAAAUGUUUUACUAAGUCAUCUAUCAAGUAACCUUGAGAAAAACGACUACGAGCGUUAUUAGUAAAAUAAACUCAGUAACACCAGAUGUUUUGAAGAAGCCGAAUAAGGUUGAAGAUUGCUUUUACCAAAAAUAAAUGAAUAAUCUUGUUAAUUUACAAAUAAUUCUUACUGGAGUUUCUAGAGAGGAAGUAGAUUGGGAUGGUUUCCCAUUAUUCUGGGGAAAGUCUGAACGAUUGGAAUAAUAUGGGGACUUCUAACAGACACGAUCUUGCUGGUUCGAGUUACUAGAUUAAUUCCGAAGACGAUUCUGACAAUCGUCAGCAAAGUUCAAAGAUGGUUAAAACUGUAAAAUGGCGUUAUUAAUUGCUCUACGAGUUCUGGUAAUGGUUUUCAAUGUACGAAUAACUUUCAGAAGAAAGACAAUAAAGAUGACAGUCAUGCCGUCCUUUCGUUAGAGAAUAAUACUACCAUUUCAUCGAAAGACGUUCAGAAAAUUUACGAAAAAAGACAUAAACUUUAUGAGAACCACAUUAAUGUCAUUAGACCAGAUGCUACAAUUUUAUGGAGUUUUAAUGCCGUUCGAGGAAAAGUGACUGACCACUGUAUAUGGUCAGCUUGUAAAGCACUGACGAUUGGCGUCUUCCUUAUUCUCUUAGGGACAGGGAUGGCCAUUGUAGGAUUUUACUCAACUCACCCAGACGAAAAAAGAAAAGACAAUGGAACAAAGUUUGUGGAAAACUUUAGUCAAACGUAUAAGCUGACCAGUAUGACGUAUAUAGGUCCGGCGGUUAUGGGUGUAGGGGGAUUUAUAAUUGUUGCCACAUGCGUGUUGGUCUUUGAAGCCCGUGACACAGCAGCCAGAGUAAUCCCUCUUUGGCUGUGGCCAACUCACGACCAGGGGAGUUUGGCAGUAGGAAGUCACGCGACCAAGAACACAACGUCUUGGGAAGUAUUUCAUGCUCAGCCGCAGAGCGUAACAGAAACAAGUACAGACUCGUUUGGUUUCAUUAAUCCUUUGAAAGUGUCGAGUGGUGGUGCCCAGAAACACGUUCUUGACCACCUGGUUUACCGAUGUCUUAGUAGGUCACCGGCCAACUGGCCUAACGGAAAGAAAGCGAAUUUUCAGCGGUUACAGAUGUUUCACCUAACAACAUCUGAUCGAGAGAACCCAAAAGGCCAGUGUUUGGGCGUGGCAGCUAUCAAAAAUACUGAAAGUGACUAUUUACGUGCCCAGUUUAGAAGCAGAUCAAAGGUCAGAUACCAAUACGGCACAGGAACUAAGUUACGUUCAUGUGACGUGGAGACAAGUCCGCGUAAGUCCACUUCAGAACCUAAUAUAAAUGAAUUCUUUCAGUCCACGGAUGUUGUUUGGGUAGAUGAAAAUGAAAUAUUUGACAAUAAGAGCUCUAUUUUGGCCGAAAAGAUGACCCUUCAUCCGGUCAACCACCGCCAACACUGUUUGUGUAACGUUCCGCCACCAAUUUUAAAUGUUCACGGGAGUCAUGAGGUUGAUAAAGUGUCUAAUGAAACUGUUCCUAUUGUGUCCAAACGUUCAAAUAGAUUCGAUUUUUACAAUACCUUUCAAGAGACGUCCAUCAUAGAUGGCGCACUCUCUCGUCAGAUGUGCCGAAGUAAGGCCGCAAGUCGAAAAAGAAGUCGUAGCAAAACUCACAGAGAAAAAAGAAGCGAAAGAAAACGGAAACAUCAGAGCUGUAAGUCAGCUGAUAGGAACCACUCAAGGGACUUGUGGUCAAGCAAAAGUCCAAUAUCCUCGUGCCGUGAGGACUCAGGCAGCCAAUCAACGUCCACCGAAUAUUUGCUUCCGCGGCGGAAGAAUACAUCCACGUUAUAUGGAAGCUUGCUUAAGAGAUUUUCGAAGAAAAGCUGAGAAUACUAAUGUAUAUUAAAAAUGUUUUUUUAGUACUAGUGACGUAAUCACUACCUACAGAGUUACCUGUUUUUCCCGUUAGAUGUCGUUGUUUCCGGUUUUCUAAGGAAGAAAAAAAUUUAAACAUAAGAUAUUUUUAUUUGCUUUACCUAUCAUUUGUUUCUUUCUUCGUUUAAUAUUUUAUAAUUUAGUGUGUAUUUUUUAUUUCAUAAAAUAAAAUGACAGUAGUCGGACAGAGAUAAAAUAAUUUUAACAACUUGGACUAAUGGCCUAAGGAUAGAAAAUGAAAAUAAGUAAUUACGAUAGAUUAAUGAUAAAAUUCGGACAAAGAGGAAAAGUAAAGGUUAAAUGCAAAAAAAAAAACAACAGUGUCAUAAUCUGGUGUAUUACUGACGUAUUAUAGUACGCCAAUUAAUGACUUUUUUUCAAAAUGUAAUUACGGUCACCAUGACAACGAAAAUAAACAACGUUGUCGAGCUUGCUCAA